AAGUAAUCCAAAUUCCACAUCCAUUGUGCUAUCGGAAAAACCCACUCUUCAUGAAAUCUUAAUGCAAGAGAAAUAUGAUUUUGAAGCAAAAGUUUUCAGAGCUGCAAAAAGAAAACGUUGGCUCAAAGCUAACGAGACGCUCUUGAGGACUUUGUUGAGUUACUGUUCACUUCAUGGAGCCAGUGGGGGCGGUCUUGCCUCGGUGAGGAUGGAAUUGGUUCUUCUAUUGCAAGAACUGCAACAAGAAAAGACUCAACAACAGCUUGUAAGUCCCCUUCCGUUUCCAACAACUUUGCCGUUAUUAAGCGCUUGUGUGGCCGGAAAUAAAACUGUCAGUGCGGAUCCCAUUAAGUAUUUGCAGUCGCAAACAGUUGAUAUGCUUCAGACCAUUAUAAAAAUCGCACCAUUACCCGGUGUGACAUCAAACUCCUUUUGUGAAAUCUUUAUUCUUCGCGAUUUAUCGAUUGCACUAUCUUCAUGUAUUUACCAAUCAUUAUGUGAUUCGGAAAGUUUCGUUGUUCAUCACAAUACAACAUUGAAUGGAUUUCAAAGUCCGGGAAUAGAAAAUAUCGCCAAACUUAAUUCUCUGUUCGAAUGUUCUCAUUUAAUUGGUAAUACGAAUGUUUACUGUAAGAGGAGAAAAUUCUCGUCUGAUGAACCAACAGUAAUUUGUACUUCGCCGGCGAAAUGGCCUGGCGUUACGAACCUAAGAGCAUUGUUAGCACGAGAGAAAGAUGAAGACAUUCCAAAAUUAAAUGUAUUGCUACUUGAAUCUUUUGUUGCAACGUAUAUGUCGCUGUUAAUUUAUGCAAUGGCCACUUGUGAUUGCCGUUUGUUGUACAGACUUGUUGGUCAAAAAUUUGCUACCGAAACUUGGUCAACAAUAUUUGGAGGCGGAAUGAAGAAAUUAUUACGAAAAGCAACUUUGCGUAACGAAACUAUGACUUCAAAUCAAUCACAGAUAAACUCUUCAGCAGAAAGACCAGAUGAUAGCGGGGUCUGGAAUACAGUGACUUCAAUUACGAAACAACGUGUUAAACUUAAUAUGAAACUUCUGGGUACAUUUAGCCAAAAUAAUACAUCAUCAAACAUGAAGGAAGAUAAGCCCACUUAUCGGGAACAGUUCGUGCCACCAGAAAUGUCGAUGCUGUCAUAUUUUCUUCUGAAACCUUCUAAUAAUGAUGAAGACGACUAUGACACUGAUGAUCCUGUUGAAAGUGACAAUGAAAUGGAGGAUGAAGACGAUCCUACUGAACUUAACAAUUCUGCAAAAAUAAAUUACCAACAACCAAAGUGCAAUACCGAACAUUUAAAUCCUUCUUCAUAUUCCUGGAGUAUUUUACGGUUGGCCAUUAUUCAACUUAUUUCCUCCAAAAUUCAGGAUUUUGUAAAUGUUUCUGGUAUAGAAAUUCAAGAUCUCCCAGUGUUGAGUCCCUUAUCCCAUGAGCUGUUGCGAACUCUUAGACGUUGGCAAGACUUUGCAAUUAAUGUGCUGAUAGCUAAAGGACCGCCGCCUGAAGACUUUAUAACAGGUUGCUUCGUUGAGAGCAGCAGCCAAGGACCCGCAAUUCACAGAUAUCGUUCUCUUUUAAACAAAGAGAAUACUCCGUUUCUGUCCAGCUCAGCUACUGGGCCUAUACGGAGAUUGUGGAAUUACUUAGUAAGACAAGAGCACGCUCAAGACGUGUUUAUUAAGGCAGUUUUUGGGAAAAAAAUGGAUUACCGUUCAAUGUCACGGGACAAUGUAGAUUUAAAACUAGAAUCAGGGUCGGUAAAUGAGAGCUAUGAGUCUGAUCAUAUACGAGUAAUUCACAAGGAUCACGAAGCUUUAUUAUCAUUUUGCUUGAAUAAUAAUUCUUCUGGAAUGAUUGCAUUGGCGAGUCCGCGAGAAGUUCAAGAAUUAGACAUUACGAUGCUACUAGAAUCCCCAAAUUGGUAUGAGGACGAAUGUGAUUAUGAAGUUUUAACGAAGGAAGCGGAGCCUUUAUCUAAUACAGGAUUUUUGGUUAUUCAAACUCAAGAACAGUCACAGCACAGUUCUGCUAUAAGUUCCGAAUCAUCAGUUAAUUACCAAUCGGCAUCACAAUCAGGGCGAGGAACCUCAUUGAUUUUACGGCAUAAAGUUGAAAAUGUAAAGCGAAUGAGUUCUCACCCACUGUUACCACUAUAUCUUACUGGUGGACAAGAUGGUUCCGUUCAAAUAUGGGAAUGGGGACACCAGCAAGCAGUAUGCUCUCCGCGGCCUUCGGGCACUUUUGCAAAAGUAACGCGUUGCAGAUUUUCUGAGCAAGGAAACAAAUUCGGAAUAGGCGACGGAGAUGGAAAUCUGAGUUUAUGGCAAGCUGGCAUAGCAUCGCAAAACAACAGGCCAUUUUUCACAUACCAGUGCCACAAUAAAUUACUUUCUGACUUUGUAUUUUUGGGUUCGUGCAGUUUGUUGGCAACAGGUAAGAGGUUUAUAAACUUCGUAAUUAAUUUAAUUAAUUGCAAUUAA